AUGGAACUUGCUUAUUUAAUGAGUUUUCAACGUGUUCUUGUACCAUUUUGUAAUUCACCGGUUUGUAUUGGAUGUUCACCUCAUGGACAAAAUAUAAAAUGUUCCAAUCCACCAACAGCAGAUAAUCGAUUAUCAUAUGUGGACUAUGAUGAUCAACGUGAUUUAACGUCUAAAUUAUUCCAAUGGCAAUGUCCACGAUGCACAUUUCUUAACAAUGAUUCAUUUCGCAUAUGUGAAAUGUGUUCAUGUGAAAAAGGUUCUUAG